AUGGCAAUCGACGUGUUUACACAAAUACUCAAAGAUCACGACUCCAUUGAAGAUCUUUACCGGCUAUUUCAAGGAGAAACUGAUCCAAAAAACCGCGAAAAAAUUGGCAAUGACAUAAUUCGUGAAGCAACAGUCCACACGUAUACCGAAGAAAUAGUUGUCUACCGUGCCUACCAAGAAUACAUGCCAGAUGGAAAGAAAUAUGCACAGGAUUCUUUAAAGGAGCAUGAAGAUAUUAGAAAGAUGCUAGCUAAAUUAGAAUUUUUGAAAGUCACUGAUCCGGAAUAUGCCGAGAUGAUGGAUCUUGCUAUGAAGGAAUUUGUGAAGCACGUGAAAGAGGAGGAAGAAGAAAUUCUUCCGAGAUUGAAGAGAUAUUUAAAUGAUGAACUUGUUGAUGAUCUUGGUGAAGAAUACGCACGAAUCAAACCUACUGUUCCGCAAAAGCCAAAGAUACAUGAUUAG